AUGACAAACAACGUGAUAAAGACAAUAUCAUCACGUACCUUAACAUGUCAAUUACGUACCAGUUUAUUAUCUCUAAAACAAGAUAUUGCCACUUCCUUUCGCUUAUGUAGUCGUGAUUUUACUUGUCUAGGAACUGAGCUCGUAGCUGCUCUAGAACGCAGUCGACAACGUCAAGAGACGUCAGUGAAUGCGUUAGCUCAUGAACGUUCACUUCGUGGUCAAUUAGAAACACAAGUAACGGAACUACAGGGUCAUAUACGUGUGCUAUGUCGUGUACGACCAUUGCCAGUGGCUUUGCGAACUGCCAGUGGUGAAGCGACGGAUGUCACAAGUCCCAGUCACUGUCAGAAGCGUGUACAAGUGGAUUCAAUCCAGAAAUUAAGUGUCUAUUCACCUGUAGAUGGGGCAUUAUAUAAAAGCUUUUCAUUCUCUCGUGUCUUUCAUGAACAACAUUCCCAAUUGACAGUAUUUCAAGAAGUGGCACCACUUGUUCACUUGGCUCUAGCAGGUCAUCACGCUUGUGUGUUUGCCUAUGGACAGACGGGAGCCGGAAAAACAUAUACAAUGCAAGGAUCAGACCAUGACAAGGGACUUUAUUACAGAGCAGCUCAAGUUAUUUACCAUACAGUCGAACAGCAACAAGACGUUUAUGAUUUUCAAGUACAGAUUCAGAUGGUGGAGAUUUAUAAUGAAGAGAUAUACGACCUCUUGGGUCAACCAAGUAGUAGCAACAACGCUACUAGUACUAGUACUAGUACGACGACGACAAAUACUGCUACUACUAUCACAGGUUCAGGAGACAGAGGAUCACCUAGUGGCUGCCAUGUUAAUACUACGAGCAUUUGCGGCAACUUGGCCAGCAACAUGACGACAUCGACGGUGGAGAUCCGACAUGGAGAAAAUGGAGUCUACUUGAAGAAUGUCCAGUCACUUGAUGUACCAAGUGCCAAGGAACUUCAUGACGCUAUUGCUCGAAGUAAAAGUAGUCGCAUGGCGACUAAGAAUGACCGUAGUCAUCGCUCCCACACAGUGCUAAUGAUCAACAUUCGACGAACGAGCAAGGCAAAUGGAGAGACAGAUACAGGCAGAUUAGUGCUUGUGGAUCUAGCAGGCUCGGAAAGGCUAUCAAAGACGGCAGAUACGCCUGCGCUCACCGUGCGCGAAUCGCAGUACAUUAACAAAUCGCUGGCAGCAAUCAAUGACGUAUUGUCAGCAUUGCUUGCGAAGGAAAAACAUAUUCCAUUCCGGAACUCGAAGCUUACACAUUUGUUGCAGGAUUCGUUGAGUGGUUGUGCCAAUCGCACGCUUCUACUCGUACACGUGAGUCCGAAAAGCGCAGAUGUGAACGAAACUAUCAACUCCCUCAAGUUUGCGUCGCGUGUCAGUCAUAUUCAGAUGGGAAAGUCGCAACGUACAGAGCGCGCUGAAAUUACACGACUGAAUGGGGUGGUUGCCAAUCAAGUUUCCCAGAUUCAGGCUCUCCAAGAAAAAUUAACUGCAGAGCUAGAGCUACGAAAGAAGUACGAGAAACGACUGGCAGAGUAUCGUCAGGAGGGACAUCGUCGCAGGUCCAAGGGGGAUGAGGCUAGGAGGAUUUUACAACAGAUGCGGACCCCAUCACCGCCACAAUUGCCGCCCCCGGUCUCUGCGCGAAGGUGGAGUCUAUACACUCGAAAGGCUAAUGAUCAGGGGCUGAAUGGUAUCGAGAACGUUGCGGAAAAUAUUUUGCGUGGCAACGAAUCAUCGCCGGAGACAGCAGAGGUCAAGACGACACGUCUUGGCAAGCCAAGUGGAAUCUCUCCCCCGACGAAUUUCUCGCGGCGGCUAAGCUUGUCGGCCUUAGAUCAAAAGGUUGGGGCUCCUGUGAAAACUCAGAAACGGAAGAGACCAUCAGCAGCGGAAAAAGUUCGCAGUAUUUUGAAAAGGAAAAGGCAGCGUGGCACCGAAGACAAUGUCAUGGAGAAUAGGGUGAAUGGUUCAGGUGGUGACAACACCACAAUGACGUUAAAGCAAGUCUCAUUUGAUUUGUCUGGAGCAGUCAUUGGAUCGUCGUCUUCUUCAUCCUUGCCCUCUCGUGAGCUCAACACAGCUAGUGUGUCUCGGGUUCCUGUUGGAGGAGCGGUGCGGGUUCUUGCGGCAGCCCGGACUGCCUCGAUGACGUUGCCAACGAGGAGGGUUGCAUCAACUCCUGCAAAACGUGCCAAGUCAAAGUCGAUCGGAUGGCGGUAG